AUGGCCGAAGGGGAAUCCCGGCCGGUCAUGGGGAGGACAUGGGAUUUCUCGAGGUUGAAGGGUUCGAAUUGGGUAGGGCUAGAUUGGGAGUUUACUAAGAGAUUCUCGAUGCCGUCCUGCAUGUCGAAGGACUUGGCUUUCGACGGGAAGUUUCCGGUUCGGAGGAGGGAGAGUAAGAUCGAGAAAAGCUCCGGGUCCCGGUCGACGAACGGGAUCGAGUCGUCGGAAUUUGAGAUCUUCGAAAAAAUCGAAUCUGGGCCUGCUAGGGAUAACGUCUGUUUGGUCGUUUGGAAAAGCUGCCCCCCGACGUCGAUCGUGACUAUGUUCGAAUUCCAGUCGCGGCGGACGGCGCCGGUCGUUGGGGACUUCGGUCCGGCGAAAGGCGGCAUUUUUAUCACUCACAAAAAAAAAAAGCGCCCUAAUCUUUUGGAAAUUAUUGUCAAAUAUCAAAGGAAGCGUGGAUUAUCAGAAGAAUUCGUGGGAGCCCAUAUGGGAAAAGGCAAGAAUAAAUCAAUCUUGCACAGCCAAGAAAUCGAAUUUUGA